AUGGUAACAAGGUUCAACUUUCAAGGUGUGUCAUGGGGCUCUAGCCGUGACCCGGGGGUGCUGCUGGUGCACGGGUACAUGGACAGCGCCGCAACCUUCAUACCCCUAGUCAGGUUGCUGCCACGAGAACACUACUACGUCGCUAUUGAUAUGCCAGGGCACGGCAGCUCGGAUCCAUUCCCCGUGGGUCCGGUAGUGUCCCACGCGCACCAGCUGGAGGCAGCCAGGAGGGUGGUGGAACAUCUCGGCUGGACCAGCUUCAUCUUUGUAUCGCAUUCCGUUGGAUUUAUCAUCGGUGUUUUAUACAACGUGGUGUACCCGGGUCGGGUAACGCGGAUGGUGCACCUCGACCCUGUGCCGCCGCUCACCGCCUACUGCUACCACCACUACCACCUCACCGUGUGGUUCGCCUUCACGCAUGAGGAGUACUACGAGAACCAAUGGGACCUUCAAAGAAAUAAAACGUUCUGCUAUGAGGAUGCUGUGAAUUCAGUCAUGCGAAAAAGAAAGGUCAAUCGUGAACAAGCAGAGGUGCUGCUCUCCCGCGGCCUCGUUAACGCUGGAGAAGCAAUGUACAGGUAA